GUGGAGAGGGGUAGGGGCCAUUCCGGGGCUAUGCAUGUGUGAGAGAGCGUAGGCAGCCCGAGCACUAAUGACAAGUUUUGUUCCUCCAAAUGCGUAGGUUAAGAUCAUGAGAGCCCAAGUGGCUUUCCGGGCACAGCUCGUUUGCUUUCGUCCCGGACCUGGCCGGGUUGCUCUGCGUGGCUGGCAAGAAAAAGAAAAAGAAAAAAGGAACAGGACGAGGGGAGAAACUUGAAGAAAAAAGGUUGAACUAAAACCUGGCGUCACAGCUUUUGAAGUGGUUUGCCUCGCUCUCCCUGCUAAUUCCCAGCCUUUCUUUGCUGCAAUAGCGGUAGAUGGCAGCAUUACAAGACGCUCGCUCGAAUGGCCAAAGAGAACUGGGAUCAAAGUUCGCUGACAGUGAAAAGUUGAGGAGAAAAUGCCUACCGGGGUUUGAAGAAGCGGCAACUUUUGCUGGCUACGGAGGAGUCGCCGUAUCGCUGCGAGUGACUGCGUUCGCUCACGUAGGGAUGGGGGAGACCAAUCAUUUCACUUGCUGACGGACAGGAAGCGUCAAGACCUGGUCCAUUUCCCCAAAGUAUUCACGCAAAUGUGGAGGCAGCCAAAUGACGGCAAUCAGUGGAAGGAGCCAGGGCUGGUCCGUGGCUCUGAUUAUGUGGAGCUCAUCUAUCAGCCUGAUGAUGUCUUUGUAACAGGGAAAGGGGGGCACUGAAUUAUCAUCCACUUUCAUCGAGACGUCCAAGAUCAUUGGGCAAGGCACUUGGUCAGUGAUAACAGGGCUGGCUUGCUGGCUGGCUUGCUGGCUGGCUGGCUGGCUGGCUGGCUGCCGGGCGGGCGGGCGGACGGACGGACGGACGGAAGACUUUCAGCAUUAGAUAGCUGACGCUACCUUGGCCAAAGGUGCUCUUUUGAAACUAAAAACCACGCUAGUCAGAUGAUCUGUUGCACCGUGUUUUCUUGAACUUCCCCUUUUUUUUUGAAACGGGACAAAGGAAGAAGGAAAAGGAGGCGGCCAAGCUGCAGGUCCAAGAACUGAGUAUGGAGGUCAGGUACAACCAAGAGACAGAAGCAAUGGUGCUGAAGAACGGACUUAAGGAGGGCAGAGACGGAAAGGACUCACAGGGCAGUUUGUCCGAAAGCUUUCUAAAGGAGCAACAAAGCGCUUUUUCCUCCUCCGGGACGGUGGAAAACUGCGAGAAAAACAGGGGGAGCAACGCAGACCCGGACUACUGUCGGAGAAUACUUGUGCGAGAUGCGAAAGGCUCCAUCCGAGAGAUUAUCCUACCAAAGGGUUUGGAUUUGGACCGGCCCAAAAGAACCCGCACCUCUUUCACUGCAGAGCAGCUCUACAGGUUAGAGAUGGAGUUUCAGAGGUGUCAGUAUGUUGUGGGAAGGGAGCGAACCGAAUUGGCCCGCCAGCUCAAUCUGUCCGAAACUCAGGUAAAGGUUUGGUUCCAGAAUCGGCGCACCAAGCAGAAAAAAGACCAGGGGAAAGACUCGGAGCUGCGCUCAGUGGUGUCGGAGACGGCGGCGACCUGCAGUGUCCUGAGAUUGCUGGAGCAGGGUCGGCUUCUCACGCCCUCGGGCCUGCCGGGCAUCUUGCCCCACUGCGGGAGCGGCGCUUUGGGCUCUGCCCUGCGGCCCCCAUCCAUCAGCAUGGCCGGCAAUAGCGGCGACGGGAGCCCGACCCUACCCGCCGUCAGCGGCUCCGGGACGGUGCCCGGGCUGCAGAGCUCGGCGGCGGCGGCGGCUCACGGCUUGUUUAGCUUCCCCGUGCCCGCCUUACUCAGCGGCGUGGCCAGCCGCAUGUCGUCGAACCCGCUGAGCGUGGCCAGCUCACUGGCCGGCAAUCUGCAAGAACUCUCGGCCCGCUAUUUGAGCUCUUCAGCUUUUGAGCCUUACUCGCGGACCAAUGGCAAAGAAUCCAUGGAGAAGAAGAUUGUGGACUGACGCACUGUUUUCAUAUGUAUGCUUUUGGCUUCACCUGUCUUUGUUUUGGUUCCAUCUGUCUGUGUCACCACAGUGUUCUGUAAAUGUCUGCUAAUCAUCUCGAUCCAUAUCCUUUGAAAAUGUUUAGGAUGAAGGAGUGAUUUAGAGAGGCCAUUUCCAAAGGGAUUCUUUUCAAAUCUUGACACCUUGACGUAUUCCUUGGAAAAAUUGGAGGAGCGAGCGAGCGAGCGCACACCGCAUAGGCUUUCAAAAGAGAUGUGUGUCUUGACUGUGUAAUAUUUUUUCAUUGUAUUGGCUAGGUCAAACGAGACCCACCACGUGCGUGAGUAGUUGUAGAGAAGAGAAAGAAGCCAUUUUUGUCCCUCAAUCCCUCCCAAACCUCCCAGCGGAAGCAAACCACAGUCAGUCAGUCAGUCAGUCAGUCAGUCAGUCAGUCAGUCAGCAGCGUCUUGUAGUAUAUUCAUUGGUUGGUGAGAAAGCUGACUUGAAGCAAAAGAAAAGAGAUUGUCUUCUGAAGACUGGGAUCUUUUUCUCUCGACACAUCUGUGGCCGGCGUUGGUUUUUGUCCUCAAGUUGCAGUAGCUAACCUUUCCGUUUGAUCAUUUUUCCUCGUCUGUGAUUUCCGUAGCAUUGUGAGUGGCUUUUGCUGUAUAGUCUGCAAGAAAAGGCUUGCUUUUCACCCAGCACCAAUAGUGUGCUGCUUGCUGUGAUGAUCACCAAAAUGGGAAAAGGUUUCUCAGCCUUGAAGAAAUCCCGUCAGCUCCUUUGUGAAAUCAGCGGCCAUUUAGGCAGAAACAAAUGAUUGUAGUGCAAAUGAGAUGUAUGUUGUUAUUUUAUUGUAAAUUAUUCCAUUUUGUAAUGAUGACAUGAUUAGUACCUUUAUCUGGUAAUCAAGGCUGAAUGAAUGAAUUGAGUAAUCUGUUAAAAG